AUGACGUUCCUCACAUGGUUACGAAAAACAACGGCGGGAAAGUCGGCUGAUAGCAUGGCGGACCGUGCGUUAACGCAGUUUCCUUUCACAAUUUCGUUUGAACAACGGUUCAACUGCCUCAUCUGCUGGGCUCCGAACCUUAGGAUGAUUUAUGGAUCUUGUCAGCAUCGUUUGUGUGAGAAUUGCUUAUACGACAAACUAGGUAACAGGAAAGUCGGGCUAGAAAGAUGUCCUACCUGCCAACGAGAGAAUACCUUCCCGCUGACAAAACCAGAUAUACCCGAGGAUAAUGUUGAAAUUCAAGCUCAUCUAGGAGUGAGAAAGUGUCCAAAUGGUCGUUGUAACUUGCAGAUGUGGCACUGGGAGAUACCCGAUCAUUUAGAGUGAGUUUCCUUGCUUUUUAACUUCCGUGACUGUAUGUCAACACGCCAGAUUAUUCGUUUCGCAAUCUUCCACAUCAUGAGCAGGGCCAGGGUUAGUGUGAAAUUUGAUUUCAGAUCUGAAAAACUCAGUUUUAAUCUUUUUGACGAUCAAUUUGAUGAUUGGAUGUUCUAAAAAGGCAGGAAUUUUUUUCUCAAAGAGGCUUUUGAGCAGAUAAAUAAAGAAACGUAGAUUGAAUUAGUCGCUAACCGGCCUUCGAACAACAGCCCAGAUGAAUAGGAGGGUCGAUCCUUCAUCGCUGGUUCAAAUUCAAGCGUAAACAGAACAAUAAUACUGUUUUUGAAUCGUAAGUAAAUCGAAGUGGGUUUUGGUCUAGUUUCACUUACAAAGGCCUCAGAAAUACGUCCGUUUUACUCUCUAGCUCGAAGUACAGCUGCUGUAUUGAUGUUUUUACGUUCACGUUCUUUCUUUACUUUUCAUCGUGAGUUAAUAUUUUCGUCUUAACUAUUUAUGGGUUGGUACGAUCAGAGCAUCUCAUUUCCUAGAAACAAAGGAACCUUAUGAAAGCCUUUGUUAAGGUAGGGUACCUUCCCUGUAUGCAGAAGCCUCAUCCCAUAACUUCGCCAUUUGUAGUCCUAGGCCCUGAUUACUGACUUUUGAAAUUUGAGCAAAAAUACCGAAAAAUAAGAGAUCAUCACAUUAGAUUACACUCGUGAUAUCAUUAUUUUAAAGAUGGAGAUUGCCUUUAUUGGCAUCUUUUGACUCUGGAUUUCCUAUUCUUCAAUUGGUUUUGGGUCUCAUUUGAGGUAAAGGGUUUGGAAAUCAGUUAUAUCUUUUUCAUAGGAAGACUUAAAACCCAUUGUUUCACUUCUUUUUUAUCCAUGCACUCCACUCAAAUAAAUAAUGAAGGAAACCCCAAGGGCUACAUGUAGUGUUCAUAUGCUGGGAAAAUUGCACACAAUCAGCAAUUUCAAUGUUUCCCUUUGGUCCCAGAUUUUGCCUAUAUUCAUUUAGGAGAUCACCAGACUUUUGUCUUUAUGGACCGCAGGAACCUUUUAUUUAUGAGUGGAGCCGAGCAAUAAGAGGUAAUUUAGUGUUAACAACCGAGUUGAAAACAUAAAUUAGCCAUCAUAAAGGAUAAAAAAGCUGACGUUUCGAGCGUUAACCCUUCAUCAAUCACUCGGACGAGGGGCUUAUGCUCGAAACAUCAGCUUUUUUACCCUUUACAGUGGCUAAUUUAUGUUUUCAAUUCAGUUGUUAACACUAAAUUACCUGCUAUACUCUCCCACCAAUGCGGCACCACAGUUUCUUUAGAAACUUACCUCAUUAUUCAUCAAGCAAUAAGAGGAUUGGUAGUGAGCUCAAACUAUCACCAAAGUCUGAGACAGUAAAAGUAGGAGUUUUCAUAUAUCUCCAGUGAUCACUGAUCAUCACAGAAAUCUCAGACAUGUUUUUCAGAGUGAUUUACAAAAAGAUGACUUAACAUAACUGUUGACUUAAGAAUAUUUUUGGGAACCCACUAGCCACAACUUACUGUUUAAAGGUAUACAAAUUUGUCAAUACUGGUAUGUUCCUUACUUUUAUAGUAUGACCUAACCUUUGUCGCAGUUGCCAUUGGUCUUUUUAACCCUUUAAGAUCUAAUAGUUAAUUCUCCCCUUUGUUGCUAUAAAUUUCCCUGUAACAAACAUUUGGUGUACAAUCAAGUAAUAACUUCUAUUUGAUAAGUUUGAGCAUUCUUGUUACCUGUUUGUUGAACAGUGUAUAGGUUAUAAGGAGAAGUUACAUGUUCAUUACUUCUGGGAGUUAAAUGGUUCAGCAGACUGUUAUGUAGCCAUUUGGUAGAAAAGUAAGCAAAUGAUAAGGUUAGAUAUGGCCUGCUAUGUUUCCAGGAGCAGGUGUACAUAAAUAUUGGGUCUCCUGCCUUGCAGCUUUCUAUUUGAUCUUUUCUACAAGUUUGUAGUUCUGACUAUUUUUCUCUUGUGUUGCAGAAUAUGUCAGGUUGUUCCUAAGUCUCAGUCUAUACAAAAGAAAAGAAAAGGUGCUGAUGGUUCAAACAAUGUGUUUGAAAGAAAGACCCCCAUGGCACUGAGAAGUCGUAAAAGUAAAUCACCCAACCUUUUUUCUGAUAAAAGACUGAUUCGAAGGAAGACAAGAUCUGGUUGCAGAAGAAACAUUCAUCAUUCACAAAAUAGGAAAUAA